AUGGCCGCCGAUUACUGUACUGUACUAACAGCGCAAAGUUACGCUGCAAAUAUCAAUAAAACGGUUUUAAGAUCCGGUGACUUAAUUUAAUUUUCACUCGAUGAAAAUUUGAUUAUUUUCGGGGCGUGAGAACUGUUAUGCGUGGCGCAGGGCGGGAGAAUAGCCUGAAAUGUCUGAGAAUUUCCUAGCGUCCUAGCAUUUCUUAGCGUCCAUUAGUAGUUGCGUCAUAGUUGCUCGAUGACGUUAUUUGUCAGCGCCCGACCCUGAAGCGCCAUUCACGAAGCAAUGGCCAGUGGGAAAAAGAGUGCACUUCUGUCCUCUUUGGCGGACUAUGGAGACGAUUCAGAGCCGGACGACUCUGAUCCCGAACCAGAAGAGACAGAAGAGGAACAGGGAGGAACAGCGGGGAUUGUGUUCAGCUACGGCGAGGAAGAGCUCAAUCGGACCGAGAAUGUUGUUGUUGACAAGGAGUCUGAAAAUGAAGACAGUAGAGAGAGCAACUCGGAAGUGACGAAUGACGAAACUGACGAGGGAAGGGACGCAGAUGAUGUUGAGGUAUCAGAAGUAGAAACAAAGGACCCGAAUGAGCUUGUUGCUCUGUUCUCAGAGAAGGUGAGAAACAUGUCCCCUGAUGACAUCAGAAUUCCACCCGAGCCCCCGGGACGCUGCUCAAGCCAAUUACAGGAGAAGAUCCACAAGCUGUAUGAAAGGAAGCUCCAUGGAGAUUUUGACACAAACAGCCACAUUCAGAAGAAAAAAGAAUUCAGAAACCCGAGUAUAUACGAGAAGCUCAUCCAGUUCUGCAGUAUUGACGAAUUGGGCACAAACUACCCAAAAGAUAUGUUUGAUCCACACGGCUGGUCAGAGGACUCUUACUACGAAGCUCUAGCUAAAGCACAGAAAAUCGAGAUGGACAAGCUGGAAAAAGCCAAAAAGGAGCGCACUAAGAUUGAGUUUGUCACAGGUACGAAGAAGGGUUCUAACCCAUCCAACUCUUCGUCUUCAACCACAAACAGCAGCAACACGACCACCACGGCCACAGAUUCUCAAAAGAGGAAGAGCAAAUGGGACUCGGCCAUCCCGGUGACCCUGGCCCAGCCCACGCUUAUCACCACCAGCGCCACCUUACCGGCCGUGGUGUCCGUCACGACCACGGCCAGCGGCACCAAGACCACGGUCAUCUCCGCGGUGGGCACCAUCGUCAAGAAAGCCAAACAGUAGAUACGCCCGACGGGAGUGGCUCGUUACACACACCAUAGUGGAGUGUGACUCACCUGAAAUGCCCUCAACACACCGACUGUUCAAAAGACCUAACCGUCUUCUUCCUUGGAAUUGUAAACUGUCAUUAAUCACGAGGAUGGACUAAAGAACUUGGUGCAAAGUCAUCAUGCAUCUGCUGCAAUUUGUUGGGAACAGCGAGAUGGAGAGAAAAAAAAAAAUCCAUUACUGUAAACGAAAAAUUAAACAUGAAAUCCUGGUGUAGCAUACUGCUACUUGUAGCUAAAGAUAUAUUAAGGUAAGAUAUUUUUUUUCCCAUACUUUUGUAAAUACUGUGUUGCUGAUGUGAUGAAUAAAUACAUCACUUUG